AAACCUUGAGACAAGAGGAUGCUCCUCUCUCAAACCCGCUGCCAUCUCAGUGGUGGAAAUGUUGGAGUUGGGGAGGGUCGACUUUGAGGUGACAUUGACGCUAUGUAGAUGAGAGUGAGGAUCCUGCGCUCCAUGUUACGUCCCUGCUCGCUUCAACUCAGACGGCGGCAGCUCCUUUCCCCGUCUUCUCUCCCCUCCUCUCUUUCAGCACCACUCCUUUCAGGACAGCACCUCGCGCUCAAAGACGCAUUUGGUCGCCAUCCUUCCCUCUCAGGAUCAUAUAUUUGCUCGCUGUCGUCGGAUGCAAAGUUUUCACCUUGGUUUUAUUCUGUAAAAGUGCAAGGAAGUAACUUUUUUUAAAAAUCUGAUUUUUCCCGUCGGGGAAACAAUCUGGAAAAGAAAAGGAUUUUAUUUUAUGUUUUCAGGUUGCUGGACCGCUGCUAAGCUGCUCCUGAUCACUCAUUACACCGAUUAUUCGUCUCUACUCCGCACUUAUCUGGGAGCUGGGUGAAUAGGACGGAGAAGCUGCUGUUAGGCUGGACCGGUGCUGAAACCCCUUCCUCUCCACUGGUCAGGACGAUCCGACACGCAUAGUAACCAUGGCCACCAACGGGACCAAAGCCUCAGACGGACACGUCUUAACGGAGACGGUGAAUGACGCGCCCACCACCACGCCGAACGACAAACCCAAAACCUUGGUGGUGAAAGUGCAGAAGACGAAAAAUGAGAUACCCGAGAGAGAAACGUGGGUUGGGAGAUUUGACUUUCUUCUCUCUUGUGUGGGAUACGCAAUCGGACUCGGAAAUGUCUGGAGAUUUCCUUAUUUAUGUGGAAAAAACGGAGGAGGGGCCUUCUUGAUUCCCUACUUUUUGACCCUCAUAUUUGCUGGCAUGCCCCUGUUCCUUCUGGAGACGGCUCUUGGUCAGUACACUUCUAUUGGAGGGCUUGGAGUGUGGAAGCUGGCCCCUAUGUUCAAAGGUGUUGGUCUGGCUGCUGCUGUUCUGUCCUUCUGGUUAAAUAUAUAUUACAUUGUAAUCAUUUCCUGGGCUAUUUACUAUCUGUACAACUCCUUCACUAGUGAUCUGCCAUGGCAGACGUGUGGCAAUUCCUGGAACACAGAGCGCUGCUUCACCAACUACAGCAUCACAGACACCAAAAACCUCACCAGCGCUGUGGUGGAGUUCUGGGAACGUAACAUGCACCAGAUGACUGAUGGUCUGGAGAAACCUGGGGAGAUUAGGAUUCCACUGGCUAUCACACUCGCCAUUGCAUGGGUGCUCGUCUAUUUCUGUAUCUGGAAGGGGGUCAGCUGGACUGGCAAAGUGGUGUAUUUCUCAGCUACAUACCCUUACUUUAUGCUGUUCAUCCUGUUUUGCCGUGGCGUCACUCUACCUGGUGCAAUUGAUGGAAUCCUCUUCUAUAUCACACCAGACUUUCAAAAACUAAAGGAGUCUGAGGUGUGGCUGGAUGCUGCCACUCAGAUCUUCUUUUCCUACGGGCUGGGAUUAGGCUCUCUGAUUGCUCUUGGCAGCUACAAUCCCUUCAAUAAUAACGUAUACAGAGAUUCUAUCAUUGUCUGCUGCAUCAACUCCUUCACCAGCAUGUUCGCUGGCUUUGUCAUCUUCUCCAUCGUGGGAUUUAUGUCCAAUGUAACAAAGAGACCCAUCGCUGAUGUGGCCGCCUCAGGACCUGGUCUGGCAUUUUUGGCUUAUCCUGAGGCCGUAACCCAGCUGCCCAUCUCUCCUCUCUGGGCCAUACUCUUUUUCUCUAUGCUGCUGAUGCUGGGAAUCGACAGCCAGUUCUGCACUGUGGAAGGCUUCAUCACCGCGCUGGUUGAUGAAUUCCCUCACAUUCUCCGAAAACGCAGAGAGAUCUUCAUUGCAAUCGUCUGCCUUAUUUCUUACAUCAUUGGAUUGUCCAACAUCACACAGGGUGGACUGUACGUGUUCAAGCUGUUUGACUACUACUCAGCUAGCGGAAUGUGCCUGCUCUUCUUGGUCUUCUUUGAGUGCAUCUCAAUUUCAUGGUUUUAUGGUGCGAACAAAUUCUAUGAUAACAUUGAGGAAAUGAUUGGCUACAGGCCCUGUCUGUGGUGGAAGGCCUGCUGGGUUGUUUUCACUCCGCUCAUUGUGGCUGGAGUCUUCUUGUUUAGUGCAGUGCAGAUGGUUCCCCUCACCUUGGGUGAAUACGUGUUCCCAGCCUGGGGCCAGGGGGUUGGGUGGUGCAUGGCCCUCUCCUCCAUGACACUCAUCCCUGGCUACAUGGGCUACAUGUUCCUCACACUCAAAGGCACAUACAAAGAGCGCCUGCGGAUAAUGUUGAAGCCUUUGGCACUGUCGAAGGCUCAGGAAAAUGCCCCAGACCAGCAGACAGAAAACCAGAAUCAGAACCCUGUCAAUGAGGAAGCCUACAUCUAGAAACCUCUGCCUGUCUCUCUGUCUCGACGGCCAGACUGGCGAUCUACACAGAAAAAACAUAAUCAAGGUUUGGAACGACCACCAGACUUCCAUGUCUGCUUUUAUUCACCUACCUCCUGGGGACACGUGAGACCAACCUGAUUACAGUUAUUUGUAGGGGUUUUUCUGUUUGUUUAUUUGUAUAAUACAGAGUUAAACUAAGGAAAAACAAACCACCCAGCAAAAUUGUUGUGAUAUUAUGAAUUUCAUUAUGCAAAAAAGUUAGUCUUUUUAGAAAAAGAAAUGUGACUUAGGAAAUUACUGUAUAUUGAAUAUAUAAUUUAAAUUUGGAGGCCCGCGUUGAUUCAAUAGUAUUGUGCUACUUUGAAGAUAUUCAUUAAUCUACUAAAAUACAAUUACUGUACAAAGAAAAAUAUUGGUUAAAUGCAUUUUGCUUGUACAUGAAAUAAAUACAUUAAAAUGUAUGCAGUGUAGUAGGUGGAAAAAAAAAAGCGAUUUGAAAGUUUGUAAAGUGAAAAUUUAAUAUUGACCAUUUUAUGGCAAAGACAUUAUGGGAAUGUGCAACAGGUAAGGCCAAAAUCUGCUUGUAUGUGUAAAAUAUAAUUUAGCCAGACUAUCACUCCCUUGCAGGAUUCUGCAGUUCGCCUGAAAUGUUUACCACCCAUGUCUGGGCCUACCUUUUGAAAAGCACAAUAUGGAAUUUUGAAGUGUCCAACUUUUUUUUGGCUCGAUUGACACUAGUGACAACAGCAAAAACAACUUACAUAGGAUACAUAGCAAGACUGUUAUAAUUGUUUCUUUGUUUUCUAAAGAACAAUAACUUUGUAUGUUGUCUGAAUCUUUUUUGUAGAAUCAUUUUUAGGUCAUUUUCUAUAUGUGAGAGUAAGAAGGACCAAAAUCAUACUCACGUUAGAAAGAUUGGUGGAGAUAUUUGACCCACUGACUAUAUAUGGAUUCAAUCAAGCAUCUCCUUUUAUCUCUCUGAAGAGCAACAGCGUACAGUAGAGCUGUAGCCAAUACAAAAAAAUGCCACCUUAGCAUUGUGCGUACAAUAUUUAAUAUUUCUGCCUCCUGAUAACAAGUUAAGUUGAAAGAGAGUUGUGUUGCAAUAAGCCAAUACUAAUUCAGAUCUAUAUUUUAAAUUCUGAGAAUGAAUAAGCUGCAGGGGCCGCUGCAUUGGAGACUGCAUGAUGGAUUUCUAUGAUAGCUACCACUAUUCUGACUGGAAUUGUUUACUUUUAUAUCUAUCUAGUAACCCACUCCUCAGGAACAAAGGUGGACGUGACCAAAUUCUCUCAGAUACUACCAUUAUACACUGAAACAAUGAAUGCCGUAUUUAAGAAAUGAAAAAUUUCUGGCAUUUCCUCUCAUUAAUCCAACGUGCUACCUUUAAUGGGCUGUACUCGAUAUUUGGAACAUUAAUAUAGCAGCAAAGAAAUAUUUGUUAUGUAAAGAUCUAUUGGAGUAAUGGCGUUCUGAGCAGAGAAUUAAGUCACACUCCCUCUGUGUGUUGUAAUCUGAGCUUCUCUGUUCUUUGUUUUGAUAGAAAGUCCGGCCGUGCAUGCAUGUUAGUGCAUGUAGCCGUGAAAAAACGUGGGUAUUUCACGAAUUGGGGAACGGUCUUUGAGAGCGGUGUGGAGGCAUCCCAGCCUGCUGUUUUUUUUUUUUAUUAUUUCGAGUACAGCCCCUUUAAGCAGCAACAAAACAUAAACACACAAACCAGUAUAAUAUAUAAACAUACUUGGGCACACUCGAAAAGCUGAUCCAAAUUGUUGCCUCUUUUAGGUGUGCUAUUCAGCUCACAUAAUUUCUUUCAGUGUAAAUGAACUGUGAUGGCCUUCACUCAGUCAUUUUAGUAGACGCCAUAGUGUGUUUCUAUCCUGUGGCGAUUGUGCAGAUUUCUGCAGACUAGGAGAGAGAAACUUGGGCUCAGUCAGAGGACAAAGCCGGCAAAAGCACUGUUAACACAACAGGACAUAGCCAGAUGCUAUAUAAUGUAGGCCAACACCACUGAAUCUACUCCUUUUAAUAGGGUAAAGAAAAACCUAUUGUUACAUAUCAAGUUUGCUCGGCAGUAUAAAAACAUACGCGUAGAUGCACUGUAUUACUAUGAAGGAGGAUCAAGACAAUUUGCUUCUGUGGCAGCUACAUGCGACAGGAAUCAGGUUGAAUCCGUCCCGUUUAUUAUCUUUUAUCUAUGUUUUUUUUUUUUCAAAGAUAUGUGAAUUAAAAUGUGCAAUGACAAAGGGUUCUGUGAAUUUUGUAUAAAGUUACCAUACUGCAGUUUUCUCUCUUGAAUGAUGUUGUAAACUGGACUGUGUAAUACAUGUACCUGUGAAUGUCCGUACAACCUGAGUUUUUCUUUUCUUUUGUCUAAAUGUUGAACAAAAAAUGUGAUAUUAUUUGCUGUUUUCUGCAAUAAUAUUAUUAUCUCAGAAACUAAAGCACAUAUCUCUCUACUGUACAAAUUAUAAUUACAAUAA